AAUUUUAUGUUAGUGUUAAAAUUAAAAUAAAAUGUUGACAUUUAACUUAAAACUGUUAAUUAUCAUGAUCGUGUUACGUUUAAACGAAGUAAAUAACACACAGAGUCACGGAGUUCCGCAAUUGGAAGAAUAUUUUUGUAAGAACAAUAGAAGAAUUGUAUCAACAUCUCACCUCGGAUUUAACAAUGGCUACAAAGUCAUUAUUAAUAAAAAAUUAAAUUCUACAACUGAAAUAAAAGUAAAGUUGGACUCUGGUGGAACAAUCUCUUUCGUAAGUAAAGCAAGAUUCACGGGAGACAAAGAUCUUAUCAAUAAUAUAUUUAAUUUUAUAUUACUCGAAGAUUCCAGUAAUUUUACUUUCAUUGUUAAUGGCAAGUUGCGGCCUCAUCAUCCACCUUACGUAAUAAGUUUGAAAAUCAACGGUAAAGAAAAUUGUUUUAAUCCUAACAGGUCAUACUUCGAAAAGUACCAUCUGGGUACAGAACCAUUUUGGUCUAAAGCGCCUGACAAAUUCUGUGGAAGACGUAGAAUUAAUACAAAGUAUACAGAACUACUAGUUAGUGGAUCCGCAUCAAAAUCUGGUGAAUGGCCUUGGCAUGUUGCAAUAUACCAACUCAAGAAGGGUACUCUUGAAUACAUAUGUGGUGGAACCCUUAUUUCAAAAUUUACUGUUUUAACAGCUGCUCAUUGUGCAACAUUCAAGGGAGAUGCCAUGAAUCCAGAGAUACUUGGAAUAAUACUCGGGAAAUAUAGUCUUCUUGGAAAUGAAUUGACUACUCAAGAUAAAGAGGUGCACCAAGUUAUUGUUCACGAUGAAUAUGAACACCAAACACUUAACAACGAUAUUGCGUUACUAAAAUUACGUACUGAGGCGGCCUUUAAUAAUUAUGUUCAACCAGCUUGCUUGUGGCUUGAUAAAGCUUACGACCAAAUGGAAUCGUAUAGCAUUUUUGGAACGGUUGUGGGAUGGGGUAUCGACCAGUCGGAUAAUCUAUCAAAAAAACUUCAAGAAGCAACCAUGCCUUCAGUUCCUGAAAUAGAUUGUAUUCGAUAUAAUCCUGUUUUCUACAGCAAUAUUCUCAACGGUAAAAAAUUCUGUGCCGGGUACAACAAUGGUACGUCAGCAUGUAAUGGAGACAGUGGCGGUGGUUUUCACGUCUUUGUCCGUGACGCAAAAACACCUGCCUCACAAUACUUGACAACUGAAAUUCCUGGAGCUUGGUAUGUUAAAGGAAUCGUAUCUGUCAGUUUGGCUCGACAAGAUGACUCAAUUUGUGAUCCACAAGCAUACGCCGUGUUUACUGACGUUGCAAAGUACCGAGACUGGAUUCUUAGUAAUAUGUAGUUAAUUAAUGUUUUUUUGAUAAAAAUAAUUA